AUGAGAUUUCAGAAUCCAAAACAGAUUAAGAGCAUGUUAUGUAAUUGUGCUGUUAAGAAUGGCUAUCAACUAUGGUUCGAAAAGAAUUACAGUAAGAGGCUUCUAGUAUUGUGUUGUAAAGGUGAUUGUACUUUCAGGCUAUAUGCAAGUUGGAUGAGUAUAGAACACAAUUUUCAAAUCAAAUCUCUAAAAAGUGAGCAUCAAUGUGCUAGGAACUACAAACCAGGUUUUGUCAAUUACCGAUGGAUUGAUAGCCACUACACCAAGGAGAUUUUGCAUAAACAGAAACUGACAAUUAGGCAACUAAGAUUGGAGGUCAUCAAGAAAUUUGGUAUUGAAGUCAGUAUUAGCCAAUGUAGAAGGGCCAAACAAUAUGCUAUGAAUAUUAUUGAAGGUACCCUUAUUGAACAUUAUGCUAAGCUCUGGUCUUAUGGAGAGGAAAUUAGAAGAUCCAACCCUGGUUUAACAGUCAACAUGGAUGUACUUACAAUCCCAGAUGGAAGGUGGUUAGAAGGGCGUAAGAAGAUGAUUGGAAUUGAUGGUUGCUUCCUGAAAGGGUAUGCUACUGGUGAGUUGCUUUGUGCUAUGGGGAAAGAUGCUAGGGACCAAAUAUACCCAAUUGCCUGGGCAGUAGUAUGUGUUGAAAACAAGGAAAACUAG